AUGGGUAGAGACAAUAACAGAAGAGGUGGAAAUAAUGGUCAACGUCGUAAUAACGGUGGAGGUAACCGUGGUGGCAAUGGCAAUAGAAGAGGCGGUGACGGCGGUAACAGAAAAUUCGGAAACGAUAGAAGAGGUGGAAACAAUAACCGUGGAAAUCAAAAUAAUAACGAUAGAAGAGGAGGUAAGUUUGAUAGAAAUGGUUUCAAGAAUAAAAGAAGAAAUGACAGAAAUUUAAGCAAGGAUUAGCUUGAUAAAAAUUUGGAAAAAUUCUUAUCAAAGGACCCUCAAGUGAAAGAUAAAAUCAAAAAGGAUCAACUUGAUAGACAACUUGAAGAACACAUGAAGAAAAAGGAAAAUUAAGGUAAGGCUAAUGAAAAGAGUGAUCUCUGA